ACAAGAAAUCAGGAAAUUUACAGUGAGCUGGACUUGCAGCUGGAGAAAGUAAGGGACUUUAGAUUUGUGAAGGUUUCUUGUGCUUUGCCAUGUCUGGAGUGCCAAAGGAUCCAGAUCUGCUAGCGCAGACAAUAACCUCAAAUAUCCAGAAGAUAACACAGCAAACAUCUGAAAUACAGAGAAUCAUUAACCAACUCGGAACAUCACAAGACACACCUGACCUAAGGCAGCGUCUAAAGGAAAAGCAACAAAAUGCAAACCUACUUGCCAAAGACACAGACAAACUUCUGAAAGAAUUUGGAUCCUUGCCUGUGAUCACAGAACAGCGCCAAAGAAAGAUCCAGAAAGAUCGCCUCAUCAAUGAUUUCACUGGUGUCCUGACCAACUUUCAAAGAACUCAGCGGCAAGCGGCUGAGAAAGAGAAGGAGUUUGUUGCCAGAGUUCGGGCCAGCUCAAGAGUUUCACAGGGUGGUUUUGGAGAUGAUGGACUCGGAGGGAGCGCUUCACCGUUUGAAAGUGAGAGCUACAUGCAGACGCAAACAAAUGAAGAUGCUAUCACAGAGGAGGACCUGCAGCUCAUCCAGGAGAGAGAAAUGGCCAUCAGACAGCUAGAGUCUGACAUUACAGAUAUUAAUGAAAUCUUUAAAGACCUGGGAAUGAUGGUGCAUGAACAAGGGGAUAUGGUUGACAGUAUAGAGGCCAAUGUGGAGACUGCAGAAAUUAAUGUUCAACAAGCCACACAGCAGUUAUCAAGAGCUGCAGACUAUCAGCGGAAGUCUCGCAAGAAGAUCUGCAUCCUGAUCGUCGUACUGGUAGUUUUGGCUGUUGUUAUUGGUUUAAUUAUCUGGGGAUCUCUUCGCUCAUGAGGUCACUGCCUUGUAUGUGAAAUUUCAGA